CACAUCGGUAACAGAUGACUAAAACUCUCACACAGGAAAAAACAAAAAAAUCUACCAAAUUCCAAAUUCACCUGUUUUUCUCUUUAGUUCUCCUUUUGCUCUCGCUGUCUCUCUUCUCUCCUCUCCUCUCAUCUCCUCUCCAUGUUUCUCAAACCCUAACCCUAGCUCCACAUCGUGAUCUUCAAUCUUCGGCUUCUAUAUACUCGAUCUAGGGCUUGCGAUUCAUCGAAGAAUUCUCAUAUACGUAUCUUCUCUCGCAAGCCCUCGAUUUUUUUCCGGCGAUUCUCUGAAAGGUUUCGAUUUCAGACGCUUUCUUCGAGUACGCGAUUUUGAAGACACGUUCGGCUAAUCGGAGAUCUCGCUCCUCUGAUCGGGUCUCGUUUCAUUCUGAUGCAUCCCUCAUCGGACCUAUUGUGGAAGAAUUAGGGUUUGUGAGGUUUUCUCACUAUUCAAAGAACCGGCUUUUGCUUCGCCUUGAAGAUAAGGGGGAUUCUUCGAUUUUUGCUGAGAUCUGUGUAAUUCCACGGCAACUGUGGCAAUCGGAAGAGAAGAAUAAUCACUGCGAUCUGAUUUUUCUCGUUCAGACGCUAUCUGAUUUUACACUUUUUGUUUGAAGAUUUUGAUCGCGAAGAGAUUUCUGUGAUCAGCGGCGCACGAAGAAGAAUUAAAGAGCUCUCCUUCUGUGGUUCGAAUUGUUCAUCUUAUUUGAGUCAUAGAAAAAAAAACACAAAAACAAAAAAAAGCUUGGAUUUUGUACUGUUUGAUUUUGUUCAAGUUAAAUAUCAGGCCCUUUUAUUUUUAAGGCCUUUGGUUAUUGCUCUUUAGUAGGGCUUUAUUACUUGUUCUUAUUCUUGGUAUUAUUGUUAUAUUUUUUUGAAGAAAAAUAGCAUGGCGGUGUAUUAUAAAUUUAAGAGUGCAAAAGAUUAUGAUUCAAUUCCCAUGGAUGGUCCUUUCCUCUCAGUUGGUACUUUGAAAGAAAAAAUAUUUGAAUCCAAGCAUUUGGGCAGGGGCACUGAUUUCGACCUUGUGGUCACAAAUGCCCAGACCAAUGAAGAGUAUCUUGAUGAAGCAAUGUUGAUACCUAAAAAUACCUCAGUUUUAAUUCGUCGUGUUCCUGGACGGCCUCGUAUGACAAUUGUUACUGAACAAGAACCAAAGGUGGAAAGUAAGAUGGAUGACCCUGAACCAGAAAAGAGUAGCUUUCCAGUUUCUAAUGCUUCUACCAUGAAAUAUCCUGAAGACUCGGAAUGGGAUGAGUUUGGAAAUGAUUUGUAUGCAAUCCCUGAAGUUCUCCCUGUUCAGUCAAACAAUCCAGUUCCGGAAGCUCUCCCAACUAACAAAGCUGAUGAGGACAGCAAGAUUAAAGCUCUAAUUGAUACUCCUGCCUUGGACUGGCAACGUCAAGGUCCUGAUGGCUUUGCCCAUGGUAGAGGUUUUGGAAGGGGGGGUAUGGGAGGUAGAAUGGGUGGGCGUGGAUUUGGAUUUGAGCGCAAAACUCCUCCUCAGGGCUAUGUAUGUCACAGGUGCAAGGUGCCUGGGCACUUCAUUCAGCACUGCCCUACAAACGGUGAUCCAAAUUUUGACAUCAAAAAGGUGAAGCCACCAACUGGUAUACCGAAGUCCAUGCUGAUGGCAACCCCAGAUGGCUCAUAUGCAUUGCCAAGUGGUGCUGUAGCUGUCUUGAGACCAAAUGAGGCUGCUUUUGAGAGAGAAAUUGAAGGGUUACCAUCCACACGUUCUGUUGGUGAGCUACCACCAGAGCUCCACUGCCCAUUGUGCAAGGACGUAAUGAAAGAUGCUGUGCUGACAAGCAAGUGCUGUUUUCAGAGCUUCUGUGAUAGAUGUAUCAGGGACCACAUAAUCUCGAAGUCAAUGUGUAUAUGUGGGGCAACAAAUAUACUUGCAGAUGAUCUUCUGCCAAAUAAGACACUUAGGGAUACAAUCAAUCGGAUAUUGGAGGCUGGUAACAGCAGUGCUGAAAAUGCUGGAAGUACUUUUCAAGUUCAAGAUAUGGAGUCUGCUCGUUGUCCACAGCCCAGAAUUCCAUCCCCAACUUUAUCUGCUGCAUCAAAGGGUGAACAAAAGCGAUCAACCAUUAAUGAAGAGACCCCAAAGAUACAGGAUACUGCAGUUGAGGGAAAGGCUGCUGCUAUUCUCCCACAACAGACAGCAGAGCGAGCAAGGACUGCAAAAACAACUGAUAUCUCUGAAGCAACACACGAGUCAAUGAGUGUGAAAGAACCAGCAGCAUCACAGGGGAGUGCCCCCUUGGCUGAGGAAGAAGUGCAGCAGAGGUUGGCUGUCAGUGAUGCUGGAAAGAAAAAGAAAAAGAAGAAAGUCCGUGUGCCUACAAAUGAUUUGCAGUGGAAACCCUCUCAAGACUUUGCAGCUGAGAAUUAUAUGAUGCCUUUUGCUCCCUCUGCCUUUAAUCCAUAUUGGAACGGCAUGCAGCCUGGUAUGGAUGGGUAUAUGGCACAUUAUCCUGGUGCCAUGCCUUAUUCAGGUUAUGGACUAGGCCCCUUUGACAUGCCUUUUGGAGGAAUUCCUCCUCAGGACCCAUUUGCUGCACAGGGCUAUAUGUUCCCUCCUGUUCCACCUCAAAGGGAUCUUGCAGAUUUCAGUAUGGGUAUGAAUGUUCCACCUCCAAUCAUGAGCAGAGAGGAAUUUGAAGCACGAAAAGCUGAUUUGAAGAGGAAACGUGAAAAUGAGAGACGAGGUGAAAGGGAGUUUUCCAAAGAUCGGGAUUUUGGUGAUGUUCAAUCAAUGAAGUUGAAAUCUAAGCCUAUUCCUCCUCACCCUGUAUCAAACGCGGAGCACCAUCCCCAGCGUCACCGUUCCGAGAGAUCCCCAGACGCUCCACGCCCGGCCAAGAGGAAAUCUUCAGAGCACCAUCAUGAAUACGAUCGUGACCGUGACUAUGAUCGCGACCGUGAUCGUGACUACGACUACCACGACCAUGACCACCGCAACCACCAACGCCACCGUUCUGAGUCUUCCUCCGCCAGACCGCCACAACCACCCUCUUCUGAAACUUCAGCUGCGGCUGCGGCUGCUGCUGCCGCCGCCGCUGCGGAGCGUAAACAAAAGGCUAGCGUGUUCUCCCGCAUAAGCUUCCCUGCAGAAGAAGCGAACAAGAAGAGAAAGCUGUCCUCCUCCUCCUCAACAGAAGCCCCCGGUGUCCCUGCGUCCUCCAAGGCAUUGGCAAAUGGGUAUCAUCAUCAUGAUGACUAUAAAUCCGGGUCUACAAAAGUAGCAGCUUCUGUGACUAGCGGCAGUGGAAGGAAGAGUAGUAGUGCUGUAGAUUAUGAGUCCAGUGACGAUGAUAGGCAUUUCAAGAGGAAGCCUUCGAGGUACGAGCCGUCACCGCCUCCACCUGUGGAGUGGGAGGAGGACGCUAGGCCUUCCAGAGGUUCAAGAGAACGGGAACGGAGCAAACAUAGAUGAGAUGGAUUAUGGUUGGAGCAGCUGGCUAAAGUUGAAAUGGGGAACAAAUAUAAUGAGAGAGAGAGGCAUAGCUAGCCAAGCGAGUCCACGUCAUUGGUGCUUGAGCUGAGCUUCUUCUACUCUGGCUGGCUGUUGAGGGCAAAGGCUCUGUGUCUCCGUCUCUCUCCUUUUACCUCUCCCCUAUUUGGGUAUUCUCAAUGUUACUGUAAAUGGGAACAUGAUGGGGGGGAUGGGAUAUAUAUAUAGAUGGUAACAGUAACACCCACUCUGUGUUAUUGGAAAUCCUUCGAGCCUUGUAUUUAAGCUUUUAAGCUUGAUUUACAAUUUAUAAUAAUGACAUUUACAUUUUUCUUUUAAUAAUAAAUGCUUGCCAAUCUUCUUCUU